AUGAAUUCUGAAGACCAAUUUAUAGAUUUUUAUGAACUUUUAGGCGUCAGUUACAACAGUACAAAGGAAGAGAUCGAUAAAGCUUAUCGUCGCCAAGCUAUAAAACAUCAUCCUGACAAAAACCGGGGUAAUACGGAGGAAGCUACAAAAAUAUUUCAUAAAAUAUCAAAGGCAUAUCAAACGUUAACUGAUCCACAAAAAAAGCUAGAAUAUGAUAAUACAUAUAAAGCCCGCAUUGCAGCUAAAAAGAGAACGGAAGCUUUGGAUACUAAGCGAAGGCUUAUGAAAGAAGAUUUAGAGGAAGGUGAGAAAGCUGCAAAGCAGACAAGAAAAAAUGUCUUUACGGAAGAGUCAAAGCAAGCAAAGAUUGAACGUUUAAAAGAAGAGACUGCUCGAAGGCGACGAGAAAGAGGAGAGAGGUUAAGAGCUGCAAGGGGAAAAGUUAAAUGA